UGACAACAGAUGUUUACAUGUUUUUUUAAGUAAAUCUGACUCAUGCUUAGAAAACAAGGGAUAUUUACGUGCGGUUAACAAAAGUCCACGGUUUGUUUUAUUAUGUACUUAUGUUAAUUUUUUUGUGGUUGAAAAUUUACGAUAGGACGUAAAUUUAUAGGUUGCUGAAGCUAUUCUAUAUAUCAAAUCAGUGGUAUCAAAUUACUAUUUCUUCUGUUUCCUUUCGUAUUUGAUCAAACAAAGGUACUUAGCGAAACAAACCAUAAGGCGUGUACUACACGAUGACUCCGAAUCACAUAAUUUAUAUUGUGGGCCUUUAUCUGUCCUUCUUGUGGCCCGUAUUUGCUGGAAAUUCUACGAAUGACACAGGAGGAAACAGCACACUGUACUCGAAGUUGAAAAAUAAAACGGUUACACAUUUCGACUCUUGCGAAUGGAGUGAUGUUAGACCGUCGUACUCAAUUGCAAAAUCGAUUGUCGGUGGUUUUCUUAUCAUCGAUGGCUGUGUUCUUUUUGUGCUUGGCUACAAGCAAGCCAGAACCUCCUUCUCGUUGAUUGGCUUCUCUGUUGCGGCUCUGCUUGGGUAUGCCAUAGUUGACUACAAGUUUGAUUUAAGUUUAGGAAUUGAGAUCCUAGUUGUUGGCUCAGCCGGUUUGUUUGGGUCAAUACUGUCAUCAAGUGUGAUUUAUUGUGGGAUGUUCCUAACGGGGAUUGGUACAGGAUUUAGUCUUGGCUGUUUGGUCAUCCUCAUAGUUUCUGAAAUUACUUCAUUUGGCUCCUUUGCGGAACCUGUGUUGAUUAUUCUUCUAAUGAGCAUAAUAUUUGCAAGUUUAUGCCUUUGGUGGAAGCGGACAUUUAUUAUACUUGGAACCUCUAUGAUUGGUGGAACAUUCAUCGCUGGUGGUCUCGACUAUUUUAUUGAAGACUUGCUAUUUGUUCAACACAUACAACAUAUUAUUUAUGGAAUGGAGUAUCGAAAGCUUUGCUUCUUCUCGUGGAUUGUGCUAUCAAUUUUUCCUGUUAUUUCUAUAGCAGGGGUUUUUAUUCAGCAUUUCAAGACAGCCAAGGGACACAAACCGAAAACAUUGAACCACGAAGCUCUGGCAAUGAAUCGAUUACCUCAAGUGUCACAACAACCGAGAGUCUCACCACAUUCAUCUGUGCUAUGAUAAUUUUUAUGGAUUAUGAACCAAGGGUGGUUAAUUAGAUUGUUUGAAACAACCAUUUCAGUUGAAUUCAAAUAACCAGUUGGUUUGUAUGAUUGCACAUUUCAUUUUGGGUAACAACUUAACUGGUAUACUAUAUAACUUCCCACGUUGAACUUUUUUCUGCCUAUGGUGAUGUCGUAGUUGUGGUUUGUUGUUGAAGAGAUUAAGAGAAGCAACCUGAACUAAAUGCAUGAGAUAUUUUAAGUCUUGGAUUUUUUGUAACAAAAGGCAUGAGAGUCAGUUAGUACUGUAGGAGAGUCAUAAAAUGUUAAAUAGUUCUACUAAAGAGUAUUACUGAUCAAUGUAUAAAUUAUUUUAAAUUAAUUUAUGAAAUGUUGGCGCAUUUGUAUAUUGAAUGCACAUUGGAAGUUUCAAUGAAGAUAUUAACUGUGAUAUAAAAGAAUAAAUUUCCAAAAUGAAA